AUGUCCUACUCUAGCCCAGAAGAACCUCCAUUGCUUGAAUAUGCCCGUUUCCAUGGAAUUGCCGUGAAUAAUCUACAGCUUGGUCCCGGGGAGGUCAUCAGUGGGCUUCUCAGCGCUGAUUCCUGCACAACCGAUCUCAACGAGUCUUUCAUCGAAGACGAUCGCAGGGCACAGGAGCUUGUCGAAGCGGUUCAUUCCGAGAAACUUCCAUCCAGCAGAGCCAGCGGCGAGUUGUUAUCCUCCAUCGUCCGUGCACAAAAUGAAUACAUAGAUUCUUCCAAGGACAGGAACUACGCGUCCAAAACCCUUCCUGACCGCCAGCGAGUAGAGCAACUAAAGAUAUAUCCGCCCAUCCUCACGCGGGACACUGCGCGCAGUUUCCUCUCUAUACCAUCCCUGCCGUUACUGGGCCAAUCAGAUAUACACGUACCAUUGGAGAAGCUCAAUGACGAACAUGACGAAGGGCUAGCUUUUCCUGGCUAUUAUGCAGACAUGAGGAGCGAUAUCAUGGGCAGAAUCGGCAAAGAAAAAGUUGUGUGCCAGCCAACGGCAGGCCUAUACCUGCAGGAGGCCCUUCGAUACCAGCAAUACGAGGGACCGUUGCAGUACAAGAAACCCACGUAUUUUCCUUCACUGAACGAGAAUAUAGACAAUUUCAAACUAUGUCCACGCAUAUUCGUUAACGAAGACGGACAUAAAGAUGGCAGUCUCACUAAACAAGCUGGUAGCACCCUCCAAGAAACCCCCCAAAGUGAAACAUCAGGAUAUCUACUCCCUACUCUGUUCUCAGCCUCUGAGAGUGUUUCCAGCUUUAUGGAAGUUAACGGACGAGAGAAGCUACCGAAUACAGGCCGAAACUCAGAUCCAAACUCACUUGAGUUGCAUCCUAGCCCAAAUACCACUCAAGCUGGCCAAAUUCAGAACAGAGAAUGUCAUAUUUCGUCAGAUUUCCCACAUCAAGCAGAGGCAAAUAACAUCCCACUUGAUGCUCCGCCCUCAUACGAUGAUAUCUCAGUUCCCGGAGUUCUCUUUCUGUCGACUGACCUCAUUAAGUCUCAUGGGCCCCUUAUUCACAAACUGGAAACUCUUCCAAACCCCCCUACCCUGGUGUUCUACGAGCUUUCUCCUCCGUCGGUAGUAAGGGAUGUAUCUUGGCGAGAUGCAGAUAUAACGUUGUCUCCUAGAGUAGGAGUGCUUCUCGAGCGAGUUUAUCAAACUUGCAAAAAGUACGAUCUACUUUAUAUCUUUACCCUCUAUGCAACAGAAUCAACAACUACUCAGUCGUCGGUUUCUGUAGAUAAAAGGACCUAUGGUGCAAUCACCUCGGUAGGGGCAUUUUGCGACACUUUGAGUAGAUAUUCAAAUGUGAGCGUAUUGAAUAUCUCCUCAGAGCUCACAACACUUACUCAGUGGAUCAUAAACCUCGGGAAGAAACAUCAUGUCUCCGUACCUCGACCCGACCUUAGAAGCAUCCUUGGUCGCACUUACAGCCUGCCUUUCCAGCCCUAUUUUUGUCCGCCUGAGAUUAAGUCUAUUCCCGAGGCUAUGGACGAGCAGUUCCUUACUCAGCGGUUGGGAUUGAACUGUUUCGCUGCCCGCUUUGUGAUGUAUAUUUUGUCUCCUACGCUACAAGGAGCAAAUCAGGUAUUGGUUACGGAAAUUCCCCCAGGUCAAAUUUCAAGGCCCGUAAGAGAACAGCUGCUCUUAGCCUUACAUAAGCUUUGCGGUGAAAAGGGAAAGGCUUACAUAGUACCCUUGCUUGGAGAGCGAGCUUUCUCUCGAAUACUUGCUCGUAUACAUGGCAUGAAAGUCAGUCCCAUGGGGGUGAAUUAA